AAACGACUUCUGCUUCUCCUCCGAAUCCUGGAACCUGAAAGUCAAAAAGCAAAAUGCAAACCCAUCAACAAAUUACUUAUCGUCAAUUCCAUUCCAAUACAAUAGGACCACAACAUCCAUUACGAGUCAUUGCUCAUUGUGAUAUUGAUGCUGCUUAUGCUCAAUUCGAACAAGUCAGAUUAAAGAUCGCACCUGAAAAACCAUUAGCAGUCCAACAAUGGAAAGGAUUGAUUGCUGUAAAUUAUCCAGCUAGAGAAUUUGGGAUCACAAGACAUCUACCAUUUGAUGAAGCAUUAAAGAAAUGUCCGAAUUUGAUAUGUGUUCAUGUAGCGACCUAUGCACAAGGAGAUUCCGAAACCGAAGCUAAAUAUCAUGAAAACCCAAAACCAGAGACACAUAAGGUUUCAUUAGAUCCAUAUAGAAGAGAAUCAGUUAAGAUUCUCAAAAUCUUUUCUGAAAGUUGUGAUUUAAUAGAAAAAGCUUCAAUCGAUGAAGCUUUUUUAGAUUUCUCAAUUCCAGUUCGAGAUAUACUUAUCAAUCGUUAUUCAGAUUUACUUUCAACAUCAAAGACUAACAACUUGGAUGAUUUCUUACCACCUCCACCUCAAUUGGAUUGGAAAUCUACAGAACAUAAUCUUAUUUUAAAUACAUCUGAUUCAGAAGUGGAUGAGAUGAUGACGACUACUUGGACAGAUGUAGCGUUAAUGAUUGGUGCUGAAUUGAUGGCUCAGUGUCGGAAAGCUGUCUUUGAUCAAUUAGGUUAUACAUGUUCUGCUGGAGUGACGUCUAACAAGAUGCUAGCCAAACUUUGUUCGUCCUACAAAAAACCAAACGCACAAACCGUUCUCAGACCAUCCUGUAUCAAAUCCUUCUUACGCGAUUUAGAAGUUUCCAAAAUCCGAUUCUUAGGAGGUAAACUAGGUAAAUCAUUAAUCGAACUGAUUCACCAUCCUUCUCAAGCAACAGCAGCAGAAGAAGAAGCAGAAGAGUCAAUUCGAACUACUGUAGGAGAAGUAUGGAAUUUAGAUUUAAGUUUGUUACAAAACAAAUUAGGUGAUGAGACGGGAAUGUGGGUUUGGGAGAUUGUGAGAGGGAUUGAUAAGACUGAAGUGGAACCGAAGACUCAGGUGAAGAGUAUGAUGUCGUCUAAAAACUUUCGUCCUUCGAUAUCGAGUUGGGAAGAAGGAAUUCAUUGGUUAAGGAUCUUAUCUACUGAUCUGUUGGCUCGAUUAAAUGAAGCUAGAACUCUAACUCCAGGCAUAUGGCCUAAAACGAUCGUGAUGCAUAAACGAGAUGGGAAUUAUAAUUCGACAGCUAAACAGAUUGGAUUCCCAUUUACACAGAAAUUAGAUCGAUUGUAUAUUUUUAAUUUAGGACAAAGACUUUUACAAGAGUUUGUGAUCAAGGAGAAUUCAAAGAAGAAAGAGUUGGGUAAGAUUACAAGUUUGUGUCUUGCUUUUCAAACUCUUGAAAGACUUGAAAGUGGUCAACAAGGGAUUGAAGGGUUUUUUAAACAGGAUAAAGGAGUAAAGGAUUUCAGUAGGUUGCUGAAGGAUGGAGCUGGACAGUCAUUAAGGAAUGAUCCUCAACAGGGUUCUGAACUUGGAAAAGAGUCGAAAGAAGAAUCAGUUAAACUUCAAGGCAGUUCAUCAACCCUAAAACUUAAACCCGAAGGAGUCUUGACGAAUUUCUUUAAUCCACCUAAUCCUACAACACUUUCUAAAUCCAGAUUGGAAUAUAAAUGUGAUAGAUGUGAAAAGAUGAUCAGAUUAGAAACCCGAGAAGAAUGGAAAGAAAGUCAAGAAGAAGAAGAAGAAAGGUUUCAUAAGUUGAAGGUUGAACAUUCUGAUGAACAUUUUGCAAAAGAUUUGUGGAAUGAAGAUCGGAGGGUGGGUCCUGAAGAAGAAGAAGAAGAAGAACAGCCUAAGAAAAAGAUGAAGGUUAGAAAGAAUGAAGAAGCAGAUGAAGAAGAUGAAAGUAAGAUGAAGAAGAUUAAGAAGAAGAAGAAAGGAGGAGGGAUUGAUUUGUUUUUUAAACCUGUGGGUGAAAGUUCUGGUAGGGGUCAAAAAUGAUAGGAUUUUAAUCUUUCUGGUUGGGAUCAUAUUGAUUUGGAUUUUAAAAGGAUCAUUAGAUGAGAACUCACUCUGUAUGUAUCUAUACUUGUCUUGUAUUUUUUGUUCCUUUCCUUUGAAUGGAUUGUGAAAGUCAACAGUUUUCUUGGAUUUGUAUCAAUUUUAUUAACCAGAUUAAAUCCUCAGUUUCUGGACAUAUCAAAGGAGUGUUUUUUUUGUUCAUGGUUGUUAAGUUUUGUUAUUAGGAAGUUUGGUUUUGUGUAAAGUAUAUUGAGUUUAAAGUGAUUUGUUAAUGUAGUAAUCUAUGAAUCUGAUGGAUGAUGGUC